GCGCGUCGAGCUAUCAGGUUGGCUUCCGCGCCUCUCGUGACGGUUUAUAUAUUAUAAAUACUUACAUACACACAUAUAUAUAUCUACACGUAUACUUACGACGUUACAAUCAAGUAUAUAUAAAUACAAGACGUACACUUGACAGAUAUAUAUAAUCAUAUAUAUAAUCGACAGCGGAUCAUCGCGAUUGAUGAAAUCGACGAUAAGUGUGAACGACCAUUUUCGUGUUUGAUAAACCGGUAAAAAAAAAUUAUUUUAAAUCAUCGACCGCCGCGAUAUACUGCCCUACCAAGUUCUCAAAACGUGCUUAGUUCUACACGCUUUUUUUCUACUGCUCCGUGUUAACUGGGAAAAACACCGGCUCGUCUGAUUAUUUUUGCUUCGUGGUGUAAAUCGAGGAUAAACACACAAAAAGGAAGUUAUUUUCACACGGUUACAGUUCAAUACAGUGCGAGUUCUGUUCGAUUGUUCGCUGUUUCUUUUUUUUGGGUUCACGUUUUUUGUUCUUCAGUGUGUCAAUUUGUAAUUUUUGUUGAGUGAUAUGUGCAAGACAACAAUGGCCGGUAGAACGAAGAUGACCUCCGCCACCGCAAUUUGGACCUGCGUCGCUGUGAUUCUCGCUACAUCGGUUCAAACAGUCUUCUCAGCGUCCAAGGCGCACGUGACGAUAUCUCCCAGUGGUACAGCACCCGUAAGACUGGGAGACAGUUUGACGAUACUCUGCACGGUUGAUUCAAAAAUUGAUAUUUGCCGUGUGGAGAUACCAGGCGAACAGGGUAUGUAUUUAUCGCCCAAUCAAAAGCCCGAGGAUGGAAUCGAGUAUUUUGGGACUGGCAAAGACGCGGGACAAUGCGGUGCUAGAAUUGCGAGAGUCAAAGAAUCUCACAAUGGUCUAUUCAAAUGUAUGAUGAACAUGGAGUCCAGCAGAAAGGAAGUCAAAGCGGAAGUGACAAUCGUCGUAGCGAAACCUCCAAAUAAUCCUGAAAUUUACUUGAGUCCGGGCUCACGCGGUGACCGCAUAUACAUAAGCGGUGACAGAUUGGAAAUAAGCUGCAUCGCACGCUCAGGACGUCCUGCCGCUAAUUUAUCUCUUUAUCUGGACGACGAACCACUCACUUACGAAAGCAGACCAACUUACGAUUACGCUGCAAGCAACAGUUCGAUCGCGGUACUGAACGUAUCUCAUAGCGUUGAUUGGACCGACCAUGGAAAAAUGGUCCGGUGUAUCGCCCACCACAUCGCUUUGGAUCGACCCAAAGAGACGAAACAAGAGCUCCAAGUUGAGUUCGCGCCUCAGCCACAACCAACGCUCGAAAGAUUCGGCUACGUAAUCGGACGUCCGGGUAUCGUCAAUGUCACCGUUCGCGCUAAUCCGCGUCCGCUUUUCAUUUGGCACAUUAACGGCGAACAGAUAAACGAAGGCAGGCCUGAUGAGAGCAAUCGACUCGAAACUUCAACUGCCGUUGAUCUGGGCAAAGGCACGUGGGGAGUAGAAUUGAGAAUCGACAAUGUUCAAAAAUCCGACACCGAGAAGGAAUACGCAUUGGAGGCACGUAACGACCAAGGAGCAUACAAAUAUGUCAUUAUUUUGUCAACAUCAGUUGAACCAUCGGGAGUCGAUUUGGACGCAGGAUCAAUAAUUGGUAUCGCUGUUGGAGUUUUGGUCCUCAUACUCGUUAUAUUCCUCAUCAUUUUCGCUCGUGCGACUGGUCGCUGGUGCUUCGCAGCGAGGCGUCGCGGCGAUGAGGAAACUGCGGGUGGAGCGGGUGCAGGAAGCGAGGCUCACAUAACACCAGGUGACGAAGACGAAGAUCACGAAGAUCCUCACAUUAUUGACGAGAAAUUACCUCACGGAGGACAGGAGAAUCCGAUUCACGCGAGCACGGAAUACGUUAAUGGACGUACGGAUAUCAAGGAACUCCAGAGGAAGGACGAAAAGGCUGACACUCCGGUCUAAUGAAGGACAACAAGGAUUUCAUAUUUAAAAAGGAUUAACAUAAAAAAGUAAACAAAAAAGCAAACAUGAUUGAAUACCUCGAGUCUUGGCCUUUGCUUCGCGAUUUUUUUUUUUUUUUUUCAAACACCCUGGACAACCUCGAUAGCGGAUUGAUGUUGAAUAUUUUACCAUCAUUCGCCAAAAAUGUAUUUCAAUUUUGUAAUUACCUCGUAAAAGUUUCGUACGCGAUUUUCUCAAAUUCUUGAGUUUUUUUUCUUUUUUCUGACAAAAUUACGUCACGUUGGUAUGUAAUUAUGGACGAGUGAAAAUUUGUGCCUAAACCAAAUUUCUUUUAUCGCGUUUCAACGCAUCGUUCUUUUUUUUUUUUAUUUUUGCUUUACGUGCUCCCCACAAUUUUGGUUUCUUUGUGUGGUAGAUUAUUUAAUUCUUUUUUCUUUAAUGAACAUUUUCAUUAACGGUCUUUGUAAAUCGUAGAAAACGCGAUUUGCUCAGCUAUUGUUUCUAAAAUGACCGAAUUAAACCGAGCCAGAAAACUAAGACUUUGAAUCUCGAAGGGGGCUAAAAAUCUCACAAAGUAAUACUGAAUCUCCUGACUCGCCAUUUCUCUAACGAAUUUCAACGUGAAAUUCAUGUAAUCCAUGGAAAUGAACAGACUCUCUGCGUAUAAAUGAAUAAGAGUUAAAUAAUUGAUCAAUCACACGUACGAAACUUUUACAAAGUGAUUCUUACGAAUAGAUUAAUUUAUUCUUUAAGAUUAAGAUUUGGUAUUUCCUCACAAACGUACUUUAGUAUUUUUUUAUGCUGAUUUUUUUGCACGAUUGUCAAAAUACUCGUGAGAUUCACUUAAUAAUAAUUAUUAUAAACGAUUAUACUAUUAUUAUUACCACUAAUAUUAUCUUAUUAUUAAUAUUAUUAUUAUUUCUGUUCAACAAUAAUUACACAACAUUGUACGAAUUAGUUUGUAAGCUCACUCGAUUAUGAUCUUCUCAUGAUAAGUGAGAAAGGACUCGCCAACGAGAUAACGAGUAUGGGCAAAAAAUAUUCAUAUAUAUUUAUUGUUUCAUCUCGAGCCUCGAAAGACACUGCUCUGCCAAGCGUUUGAAUUUGUUAAACAAACAUUCCAAUGCCCAUUAAAAACGUGAAAAACGAAACAAGCGUAAUUAAUGUCCAUUUUUCUACACUGAUACGAUGAAUACACGUGUGUGUUUAUACUUCUAUACAUUUGAAAUAAAAUCGAAAGCAUUUAAUUUACAGCUGAAUACUAGAGUGAAGAAUUUUUUACCACGAAAAUAAAAGCUUUUUCUACAGUGUACACUGAAUUAGAUUUUACACAGCGUUUUGAUAUUUGUUAUCGGAAUUAAAACUAAAGACGUUUAAAGAAAGAGAAAAAAAUACAAAAAUAUCGUCAAUUUCGAAAGCUUCGUUGCUUCUGGUUUCAUUGUGUCUUCGACAAUAAGGGGUUGUUUGUACUUUUGUACACAUCAUUUUUUUACGUAGUUACGAGACGUUUCCAACGCAAAACAAAAAAAAAGAGCAAAGGCAGAAUAAAAACAUCCACGAAGUCAUCAAUUAUUCCUUCAUAUUUGUAAUCACGGGAGCCAAAAAAAGUCACAAAGAAUGGCACGAAUCACACACACGCUGAAAUUCCUCGCGCCCACGCCCACAACAGCGAAUGAAAUGCCCGCAAAUUGAAAUUUGACCGAAACAAAAAGGAUAAAAGUAAUAAAAUUAGAGAACGCAUCACGAGACACAUGCACACAAAUUUUUUCCUCCCUCUUCAUACAUUUACGCGAUCGUGUUUUUCACUUAGGAAAAAAAAUGAAUAAUAAAUAAAAGAGAGGCUCGGUGAGUCGGCAAAUUUGAGAAAUACAUCAAUUGUUUAAAUCGAAAUAUUACGAGUGAAAAAGAAAUCGAGAGAACGAAUUAAUAAAGGCGAACACAAGCUUGAAACAAAAGGGUUCGAUUAGUUAAAAGUUAAAUAUUAAAAUUUCUAAAAAGGACCGAACGAAAACAAUUGCAAGUUUGUCGAUCAUCGUGCCCGAACUACUGCGUGUUGUAUAUAUUAAAUAUAUAUAUAUAUAUUAAAAAUACAAUGGUACGAAAAUCGAAUAGUGAUGAUAUUAUAUAUUGUGUAUCGAGGCACUUGGCUUGCAAUUCUCGUAUGGAUUAAUAUUGCAUCUCAAAGACUCUUAUUUGUACUGAAAAAGAACGAAAAAUUUAAGAAACCAAUAACCAACAACUUGCAUCCCAAUUGCCGAGGACCUGUCGUUAUCCCUAUUUACAAAAGAAAGCUGAAAGAGAGAAAUACAUUAAAUAAUGAUAACUGGGCUAAGAAAAAAAAAUACAAGAAACGAGGAUUACUUGAGAAAAGAGGGUCGAAGAAUUUUUGUCUCCAGUAUACUCGAUGAGCGAGUAUAUAUUGUGAAAAUAUGAUGAAAUUAUCAAUGUCCCAAUUAAAAAUUUCGCACUGUGCGGUUGUGCAUUGCCAAAUAUCGUUCUGUAUCGGAGCAAACUUCCCGAAACGAGUGUAUGUUUCGGCUACCGCGAUGUUUUGCGAGCUCCCCAAAAAUAUAAAUAAACAGCAAACGAUAAAAUCCUUAUCCUUUUCACAUAUACUUUGAUCCGUCGAAACGCGUCGUGUUAUCAAAUUUCGAGAACAAAAAAAACAUAGCAACAUCCUAUUUGGUAGCAUUGGACAGAUGGGAAACCCUUAUAUACAGAGAAAUAUGAAGAACGAAGCAAAAAUGACGAGAGAUAUAAUUGUACCAAUGACGUGUGUCUCGUCAAAGGAACAAUAUACUUAUUGCCCAACGUAAAUUCCUGUAUGUUUUAAUAAAGUAACAAAAAAUCGACGUCAAAUCUUCUUCGGGGUGUAUCACUAAAAGACAAAAAACAAAAUAAAUCAGUUCGAACAGGUCCAAAUACGUAGAAAAUCGUUGAAAAACAUACUGCCAAAUGCACCAAAAAAAAAAUAUAAAAUAAAAAUAAAUCAAUUAAUGAAAAGAAUGAAAAUGAAUAGGAAACGAAACAGAAAAAAUAACGUUCAGCAUUGGCACAAUUUUUGAAUAAAAUUGUGAACAACUCUAUGAAAAACUGGCUUCUCUUGCUCUCUUCUCACGUGCUAAGUGUUUAUACGAAAAUCUCUUUAUUACUCCAUUCCAUUAUUUUUCCAUUAUUAGUCCGAUUCAAAAACAUCUUCAAUGACAGUUGCUCCGAAAAAAACUUUUUAUAUAUUUAUCUAUGGACAUGAAAUAAAGAAUAUUAAAAAUGAGGCAUUGAUCAAUGAAACGAACAGACGUAAGUUUGCUCAGACACUAGGUCACGAGAAUCAUUUUCGAAUUCAUUCUUCACUAAUUUUCGUUCAAUAUCUAUCCUAUCGAAAAAUAUUCUUGAAAUAUACUGCAACAGAGACGGAAACGAAAAGAAAGAUACUGAGAAGCCAGUGAUGAUCGUGAUUGAAAGAUAAAAUCGAAUCGCUGUACAACUUUCGGACUAUUCAGCUUGUUGAGGUGAAUACAUUAGUUAACGUGAAUAUAAUAAUAGAUUUAAUGUAAGAUUGACUAAUAACGAUUUAAAUAUAUUUAAGAAAAUGAAUACAUAUAUAUAUAAAUAUAUAUAUGAUAUUAAUAGUAAUAAUAAUACACCGGAUAUGUUUAAUGUACAAAGGUUCAUUGUGGUACAUUACGAUAUUACUCCUCUCAUUUCGUACCUAUUAAUUUAUAUUACUAUAAUUAUUAUUAUUAUAAAUAAAGUUAAUCGUAAAGCUAAUUACUUAAAUGUUAUCGAUGAUCAUGCUUAUAUAUUUUUGAAGUAUUCUUUUUUCUACAGUUUUAGCUUUCUUUUCAAUUCAAAAAAAAAAAAAAAUCGUAAGUUCUUUGUAGUCGGUUGAUAAGUAAGUCACCAAAAUCUGAGGGAGAGUGACUCGCUUGAAGUAAAUACGAAAGAAAUGCGAAAAGAAGCAUAAAAAAUUAUGGACUUGUCUCGCGUUGAGAACACAUGAAAGAAUUCGGGCGCGAAAAAGAAAAAGAAAAAAGAUAGAAUGAAAAUGAAAAUAACGUUGUUUAACAUAUAGUACUCGUCGAUGGUUAACAAAACACACACACACACACACACAAACACACAUCGUAUUAAAAUAAGCAUGAUCGUUGGCCAUACAAUGGAGUAUAUUAUGAAUAUAUAUAUAUAUAUAUUAUAUAUACAAAUAUAUAUGUGUGUAUAUAUAAACGAUUUUGAAUAUAUAUAUGCAUAUAUAAUUGUGUUGAAUUAAGUCCCUUAGAUAAUACGAAUUGAUUAUGAUAAUUGAUAACGACGAUGAUUUUGUGGUAAACUGGCGAUGCUCUGGAAUAUUUUUUGAAAAAAAAUUCUCAAAUAAUAAAUGACAAUUCAUUAUUAUCAAAAUGGUAAGAAUGCGAAACAAAAAAAAACAAUCGAAACAUAAAAACUUUUAUUUCUUCAUAAAUUUAACACGAAUCAUGAGAACGACAUUUUAUUCGUACGAGAAUCAAAUACAACCUUUGGCUUAACGAAGAAUGAGCUGAAAGUCAAAAAUAAUUCAGAGAUCGCUGCUACGAAUUAAAAUAACUACAACAACAAACAAAAACAUAAAAGUGAAUGAAAAUCCAAGUUGAAGUGAUUGAAGAUAAAAAUAAAGAUAUAAAACACGAAGAAAUAAUGUUACAGACGAAAAAGCGUUCACGAAUUAAUGACCAUCUGUUUGAACUAACAAAACACGAAACAUUUUGUAUCUGUACGUGUAGAUACGAUGCAAUAGGCAAGAGUAAAAAAACAAAUUGAUGAAGAUUUAAAAAAAAAAAAAUUUAAAAAAAAAGAAAGAAAAAAAUGGGAAAAAGAUUUGAUUAAGGGUUUAAAUGAAAUUAAUAUAUAGAGAGCUGUAUGUAAUAAACCGUAAGUUCAUUCAUUGCUACGAUAUUACACUUAGGUGGUAUAUUAUUAUAAAUAUAUGAUUCUUUUGAAAUAAAACAGUUGUUUUCAAUACGAAAAAA